AUGACUGACCUGUACACCGAGCGAGCGGAAGCAGGUGAAACAUUGGAGUUAAAGAGAAGAAGACACUUAAGAACGCCAGCCCAAGAGGAAUAUGAACGUAGAGUGGCCAAAUUUACAACAGAGUUACACAACAUUAAGGAUGAUAUGGAUGCAGGUGCAGCGCACAUUGAUCAGAUAAAGGAUGAUCCAAGCUCUCUGAAAUCCGUUAGAGAUUUAAUACAGUCGUGUGAACAAGCAUAUACAGAACUUUCGUGCAAGUAUGUUGAGUACCUCAGAACAGUAAGAACCGACGAAAGUGAUAACGAAGAAUCCUCUCACAACCUGAUAAGACAAACAGUACUCUGUAAAGCAAGUUUGAUGUCAAAAAGAAUAGACUCUUUAUUGAAUCCCCCACCACCUUCCACUUCACAUAGUCGUUCCUCUAGCAGGAAUUCUGUGAAAUCAAACAUUAGCCUUUUAGAACGGAAGGAAGCAGAGCUACGUGCAGCUGUCGUGAAGAAGAAAUUUCUUGCGGAAGAAGCUGACAUUAUUCGCCAGAAAGCGGAACUAGAAACAAAGCUGAAGGCGAUCAAAAUUGAAGAGGAGAUAGAAUCCAAACAGGCGGAAGUUAGUGCUCUUAAAGAGCACAGUCCUGAACUCAACCUCCCAUCAGACGACGCUUUCUCACGCACACAGCAAUACGUGGAAAGUUUGUCGAAAGGACAGCGUCGGGGGUCAUAUCUUCCGACCUUCCCACAGACUAUCACCCCACUUAUGCAAGUGCAACCUACCAGACUGUUCAAUGAACCACAAAGACAGCCAAAUACUCAGACUGCAUACUCUCUGCCAGAGCUGCCAGAGUUCUCUUUGUCACCUCUACCUGUGAUACUACCAAAUGAAACUACUCAACAUGUUUAUGUGAACAGUGACAAUCAGCCUAGCACUCCGAUUGAGACCCACAUUGAAAACACUCCUAUGAACCCAACACAUAGGGAACCAAUUAUGGACAUAACAAAGUUCCUUCUGAAAAAGGAUCUCAUCCUAUCAAGAAUUACAAAGUAUGAUGACAAUCCAAGUUUAUUCCUUACCUGGAAACUUACCUUUAGGAACAUCAUGGAGGACCUGAGUGUAACCCCGUCGGAGGAACUUGACAUGCUUGUACGAUAUCUCGGCAAUGAAUCCUCAAGACAGGCAGCAACCAUAAGGAAAUGUAAUGCCAACGACCCGAAAACCGCCCUGAGAUUAGUGUGGGAAAGGCUUGAAGAGAGAUAUGGGGCACCCGAGUUGAUAGAAAGUUCUCUCAGACGUCAGAUUUCAUCGUUUCCAAAGAUUGGGAAUCAGGACAUGAAAAGACUCUACAAUCUUUUGGAUUUAGUGGAAGAAAUAGCUUCAGUUAAACGGCAGUCCCAGUAUGCAUCCCUUUUUGGAUACUUUGAUUCUCCCACUGGCAUAAAUCCGAUUGUUACAAAACUUCCUACAUCACUACAAGACAAAUGGACUGCCGAAGCGACAAAGUACAAGAAGCGUGAGUCAGCCAUAUAUCCGCCAUUCACCUUCUUUAUCAACUUCUUGAAGGACAUGGCUCGGAUGAAGAAUGAUCCAAGUUUUAACUACUCAUGUUCUGAUGGUGAGAAGCCCUAUGUGAACCAUCCAAAGAAUUUCCAGAAAACAACAGUAGUUGCUGCCAGGAAAACUGAAACACAGAGUUCUUCUAAUCAUGUUUUGACUGAAAACAAUGACUUGGCUCGAUGCCCUCUUCACAACUCGAAUCAUACCUUGAAUGAAUGUAACAAGUUCCGGUCCAAGACUUUUGAAGAAAGAAAGAAGUUUAUCAUGGCUAAUGGAAUAUGUCUCAAGUGUUGUAAAAACAAACAUUAUGCUAAAAACUGCACGACUUUGGAAAGGUGUGGCUUGUGUAAUCAGUCCUCUCAUCCCACGGCACUUCAUACUGAAAAUCCGAGUCCUCAAGAUCACAGGAGAAGAGAAGACCAUGGAGGGGAGAAAAACCAUGAAGGGGAGCAACGUCGGCAAACAGUCACAAUUUCUUGCACCAAAAUAUGUGGAACAGUAAGAGGAACAAGUAAAUCUUGUGCAAAAAUUCUGCCAGUGAAAAUAUACCGUAAAAACUCUGCCAGUCACUUCAGAAUUGUUUAUGCUAUGUUGGAUGAUCAGAGCAAUCAUUCCCUAGCAGCACCCUCACUCCUUGAUGCAUUCAAUGUUGGCGGACCCGAGUAUGAGUACACUUUGACAUCUUGUUCAGGUUCAGUUAUGUCAGCAGGAAGAAGGGCUCAAGGACUCGUCGUGGAAUCCCUUGAUGGCAGCAGUUCCUUCGAUCUACCCACAUUAAUCGAAUGCUCGGAUUUACCUAACAACAGGGAGGAGAUACCUUCACCUCGUAUAGCUGAACAAUAUUCCCAUCUAACAGAUAUCAAAGACAGCAUUCCAGAGUUGAUUGAGACUGCUGAGAUCGAGCUACUGAUUGGACGAGAUCUCACUUCAGCUCAUAUAGUAGAGGAUCAAAGACAUGUGACAGGAUGGUCUGUUCCCUUUGCUCAGAAACUUCCCCUAGGCUGGGUAAUUAUUGGGCCUGUGUGUUUAGAUGCCAUUCAUAUGCCUGAUAAAGUGACAGUACAUAAAACAUAUGUGUUAAGCAGUGGCCGUCUCUCAGUAUUCCAGCCUUGUGAUAGCAAGCUACUGGUUAAGGACAAUAUCUUCUUAAAGACAGAUCAUGAUGAGAAAGUUGCCCCCUCCAAAGAAGACACUGCCUUUCUUGACAUUAUGGACAAAGAAUUCCAAAGAGACUCAGAUGGUUAUUGGGAGGCACCUAUUCCGUUCCGAAACCGAAGGCAGCCAUUACCAAACAAUAAACCACAGGCCAUCAAUCGAGCGCUGUCUCUUGAUCGAAGUUUGAAACGGAACCCUACCAAGAGAGAACAUGUGUCAAAGUUCAUGGACAAAAUAUUUGAGAAGGGACAUGCAGAGGAAGCGCCACCUUUACCCGAUACCAAAGAAAGAUGGUACCUUCCUAUGUUCGGUGUUUAUCACCCGCAGAAAAGAGAUUCCUUACGAAUGGUGUUUGACUCGUCUGCGAAGUUCAACAACAUCUCGCUCAAUGAUGUCCUUCUCAAAGGUCCAGACAUUACGAACAAUCUCGAAGGCAUCUUACUACGUUUUCGACGUGAGAGGGUGGCAGUAAUACGGGAUGUGGAGCAAAUGUUUCACAAUUUUAAGGUGAAAGUAGAUCACAGAGACUACUUGCGGUUUUUAUGGCACCCAGAGAAUAAUUUAGACCUACCCUUAAAAGAGUACAGAAUGACUGUCCACGUCUUUGGGAAUCGCCCAUCUCCGGCAGUCGCAACAUAUGGACUACGUCGCUGUGUUGCUCACUCUGACCCUGAUGUGAUUGACUUUAUAACAAAAGACUUUUACGUGGAUGAUGGACUCUUAAGUUGUCCAAGUGAAGAUAUGGCCAUUGACCUGAUGAAGAGAACUCAGCUUGCCCUGAAGGAAGGAGGACAGCUUAAACUUCAUAAAAUCUCCUCAAACUCAAAGUCUGUGUUGUUGAAGUUUCCAGCAGAUGAUCUGGCCAAAGACCUAAAGGAUUUAGAUAUUGGUGGAGACGAUUUACCUGUACAGAGAAGCCUUGGUAUGUCGUGGGAUAUCAAUGCUGAUGUCUUCACCUUCAAGAUAUCAACUGACCAGAAGCCCUUCACUCGCAGGGGAGUCUUGUCAAACAUCAAUAGUCUGUUCGACCCCCUUGGUUUUGCAUCUCCAGUAACUGUGCAAGGGAAGAUGUUAUUCCGACAGAUGCUAUCAACCUCCAGUGAAGUUGAUUGGGACGAUCCCCUAGAUGACUCGUUCCGCUUGAAAUGGUCUAAUUGGGUCAACUCCGUCAGUCAUCUUGAAGAUGUCAGGAUACCAAGGAUGUGCAGCAAGAAUUCUGUUUGUGAGUCAAAACGCAAGGAAGUGCACAUUUUUACGGACGCCUCCAAAGAUGCGAUAGCUGCAGUGGUUUUUCUGAAAGUAUGGAAGGACGAGGGUAACAGUGAUGUAGGUUUCCUUAUUGGCGAGGCCAAAGUGGCUCCAGCACAUGGCCACACAAUCCCCAGGCUGGAACUGUGUGCAGCGGUUCUUGGGAUAGAGAUAGCAGAAAUCAUCAAAGAACAGAUGGAUUUAGAAAAGAAUACUUUCAGAUUUUACAGUGACAGUCAGAUUGCUCUUGGUUAUAUAACCAACGACGCCAGACGUUUUUAUGUCUACGUUGCGAAUAGAGUGAGUAGGAUUAGGUCAUUUAGUGAACCUGACCAAUGGCGGCACAUUACUACCGAUCAAAAUCCAGCAGAUUUGGGUACUCGAUCGUUCGAUGCUCAAGAACUCCCUCAAAGUAUGUGGCUGCGAGGACCAGCAUUCCUUAGGGAAGACAACCUCUCCACUACCUUUGUGGGAGCACGUGAGGACUUUGCUCUCAUAUCAGAUGAUGAUAAGGAAGUUCGACCUAUUGUUGAAGUCAACAUAACGACCAUCGAGGGGAAGACCCAUAGUUCUUUCAAUUCUCGCUUAGAAAGGUACUCACAAUGGACUAAACUAGUUCGCAGUAUAGCUAUUUUGAAGCAUGUCUUACUUGCAAAGGACUCCUGUAAACAUUCAACGAGACGAUGGCAUUGCUGUCCACAGUCUUUGAAUUUGGACACCCUGAAAUCAGCUGAGAUUCAUAUUUUGAGAGAGGUACAAAGGUCUGAAUUCAGUGAAGAGGUAGAAUGUCUCAUCAAGGAGAAGCCCAUACCUAAAGGUAGCAGCAUCAUUUCCUUGGCCCCAUUUCUGGACUCCAAUGGCUUACUGCGUGUUGGUGGUAGGAUUUCUGCUGUACAGAAGUUAGUUAACUUGGACAUACAUCCAAUAAUCAUACCUAAGAAAUCCCACAUAGCUACCUUAUUGACUAGGCAUUUUCAUGAGAAGGUGUCCCACCAAGGACAUAAGAUUACAGAAGGCAAGAUCAGGUCAUCUGGAUUCUGGAUAAUUGGAGCCAAACGUCUGAUAGCAUCGGAGAUUCACCACUGUGUCACAUGUCGCAAAUUGCGAGGAGCCUUCUGCGGUCAGAAAAUGGCUAACCUUCCAAAGGAUCGUUUGACCCCAGGACCUCCAUUUACGUUCGUCGGCCUCGAUACGUUCGGACCUUGGGAUGUAACAGCACGGCGUACACGGGGAGGAUUAGCCACAAGCAAGAGAUGGGCAAUUAUGUUUACGUGCCUGGUAUCAAGGGGUAUCCACAUUGAGCUCGUUGAGGAAUUGAGCACUUCCUCUUUUAUCAAUGCGUUAAGGCGUUUCCUCUCUAUACGAGGACCUGUCCAUCAAUUCCGUUCUGACAGAGGAACCAACUUUGUUGGAGCUGCAAAGGAACUACAGAUGGUUCAUCAGUUCGUGGAAAAACCCAUGGUACAGAGAUUCUUGCAGGACAAUGAGUGCUCAUGGAUAUUCAACCCUCCACAUGCAUCCCACUUUGGUGGAGCCUGGGAGCGCAUGAUCGGUGUGACGCGCAGAAUCUUGGACAGCAUGCUUUUACGAAAUGGAAUGAAAGGUUUAACCCAUGACACACUUUCUACAUUUCUGGCAGAAGUUUGUGCUAUAGUGAAUUCACGACCACUUACCACCAUUACAGAGGAUGCCAGUGAUCCAUCCUUCCUUACACCUGCAAUGAUACUCACUCAGAAGAUAGGACACUUACCAGAAUCAUUGCCGGACAUUGACCCCAAGGAAUUAUACAAGUCUCAGUGGCGUUACGUUCAAACUCUUGCGGCUGAGUUUUGGAGAAAAUGGGAAUGUGAGUACUUAUCUGCCCUACAAAUUCGACGAAAGUGGACGUCAGACAAACCCAGUUUAAAGGAAGGAGACGUGGUGAUGCUAGAAGAGUUUGAGAGUCCAAGGAAUCAGUGGCCGGUUGCACGUGUAAAUAGAACCAUUCCUUCUGCUGAUGGACAUGUACGUGAAGUUGAAGUGUGUGUGGUUAGGGGGACACUGUAUCUCAUUAUGUUAGACCCAUUCACAAACUUGUGCCACUAG